AUGGCCUCCUCCAACUCCAACUCCGCCGCCCCGGCUGCCGCCGACGGGGCCGACGACCUGGACCAGCUCCUCGACAGCGCGCUCGACGACUUCACCAACCUCGAUCUCUCCGCCUCCGCCGCCCCCAAAAGCGCCGGCGAGGCGUCGGGGUCAGGAUCGGGAGGCAAGGGGCCGGUGAAGGGGCUGGGGCUGGGGCUCCCGGACCCCAAGGCGCCGAAGCGGCGCGCGGGGAAGCAGCCGCCGCAGCCGCCGAGGGGCGCGUGCGCGAAAGAGGCGCUCGAGGAGCUGACGCGCGAGACGCGGGAGGCUGUGCGCGGCCUCGAGACGGCCACUGGGGGUGUCCCGUCACUGGACGAUGACGCCAUGAUGGAGGAGUUUGUCAAGCAGUUCGAGGAGUUCGCAGGAGCACAGGAUAUGGACUCCAUUGUUGAAACAAUGAUGCAGCAACUUCUGUCCAAGGAGAUUCUUCAUGAGCCCAUGAAGGACAUUGUGGAAAAAUAUCCAAAAUGGCUGGAGGAUAAUAAAGAUAAGAUAAGCAAAGAAGAAUAUGGGCGUUAUAAUAAUCAGCUUGAACUCAUGGUGAAGCUUAUUGAGGUCUAUGAAAAUGAUCCUGAGAACAUGACUAAGAUUUUUGACCUCAUGCAAAACAUGCAAGAAUGUGGUCAGCCCCCCAGUGAUCUUGUCCAAGAUAUUGUACCUGAUCUGGAUCUAAGCAAGUUGGGACAACUGUGA